AUGGCGACACGCAGUCGGCUGACGGGCAUAAAUUGCGAGCAAAGGGAGAGAAUCGGAGAAGGAGGACUCUACCCUCGUUCGUGGACGGAAUACAAAGUGCCCUCGUGCAAUCUCUCGGUCACAUUGCGACAAGUGAAUCCCGUCUUUCCGAACAACUACAAGGAAACUUCAUUCCCCACAACCGCGUUUAUUUUCGAUGUUGACAAUAGAAGUAAUGUUGAACAUGAGGUAUCAAUUGCUUUUGUGUUUCGCAACGGAACGGGUAAAAGAAGAUCGGAUCUUGCUGCCGAUUGCACAGCGGAAAACUUUCAGGAAAAUGAAAUUGCGGCUGUCUCUUUGCAACACAAGAUCGAUAAGAUGAAUUGCACGUACGGGUUGGCAACACGAGUUAAAGUAAGCAAUAACAAUUUUGUUCCUUAUGACUUUUUUUUCGUUUAUUCUGAUCAAAUCACUUCAUUGUGUCGUUCCUUUGACCCUUGUGGAAAUGGGUUGACGUUGUGGCAACAUCUUGCCGAGACUGGAAAUCUGCCUGGUGAAGGUAUCUUUUUAGUGAAA